AUGGCCUACAGCUGCUUCAGCAGGGCUCAGAACAAUGGACAGCUGGCUCCCAGAGAUGGGCGGGCUGCGACGGAGAGGCGCCAGUUCUGCCAGUGGCCCUGCAAGUGUAGGGAAAGACCUUACUGCGCCCCGGGGGUGAGCUCCGUUCUGGACGGGUGCGGCUGCUGCAAGAGCUGCGCCAGGCAGAUCGGAGAGCCGUGCAAUGAGAGGGACAUCUGUGACCCACACAAGGGCAUGUACUGCGACUUCUCAGCCGACCAGCCGAGAUACGAGGUCGGAGCGUGUGCAUACAUGAUGGCAGUGGGCUGUGAUCUGAAUGGAGUCCACUAUGAGAACGGAGAAGCUUUCCAGCCCAGCCCCCUCUAUAAAUGCACAUGCAUUGCUGGAUCCAUUGGCUGUACCCCUGCUUUCAUCCAGAAGCCUGCUGGACUCUUAGGCCCUGCCCCGCUGAUGAGCAACACGCCAGCCGGCCUUCGCAGCCCAAACAAGCACCAGCAGGACACGACCUACAUGUCAGCUUACAGGGAUCCUCCUUUAGCCUGGAAGAAGAACUGUCUGAUCCAGAGCACCCCAUGGAGCCCCUGCUCCAAAACCUGUGGCCUGGGCAUCUCUGUGCGAGUCAACAACGACAACAGCAAAUGUGAAAUGAGGAAGGACCGACGCCUCUGUCUGCUUCGACCGUGUGAGAGGAGUGUGAUGAAGAGUGUUAAGGUGCCAAAGGGAAAAACCUGCCGGCCUAAAUUCCAAGCAAAGAAAGCAGAGAAGCUGUCGCUCUCGGGGUGUACCAGCACCAAGAAGUUCAAGCCCAUGUACUGCGGUGUCUGUACAGACAAGCGCUGCUGUGUCCCCAACAAGUCACGCAUGAUCAAGGUCAACUUCACAUGCCAGGGAGGCUCCAACACACAGUGGAAGAUGCAGUGGAUAACAUCCUGUGUGUGCCAGAGGAAGUGCAAUGAUCCAGGUGACAUGUUUUCUGACCUGCGGCUGCUCUAACAGAUCCAUCCAGAGACACGGUCACAGGAGACAAGCCCUGCUGUGGCAGACUACGGAAGGAAACAUACGCAUACUUUGGCUAUUAAGUUGCCGUCAGCAGUGGUGAUGUGCCUCAAGGAAUCUCAGAGAAGACUUUAGCUGAAACUAAAACAAACAAACAAAAAAACCUCAUUUCAUCAGGGAAAUGGCUGGCAUCAUUCAGAUAAUGAUGAAAUUAUUAGUUACAAUAAAGGCCUUUGUGAACCUCUGUCCUCAGGAAAUGUAUGUGCAAUAACAACAAGGAACAUGGCCAGUGCAGCGCAUUAAAAGCAGAGGUUGACUCAUUCACAGCACCUAUUAAUAUCAAUGGUCAGGGAUCUCAGAAAAGGCAAAUUAGCUCACACUAUGGCUUGAGCUGAACUGUUCCACUGUCAUUACAUGUUGUUCCUGCUUAUUUCUCCACACAGGGAAAACAUUUAAUCAGGUUAUAAAUUAGACAAUAUUGAUAUAUAACUUAUAAACGUAUAUACAAAAGA